AUGUCCACAUCCAAGGAAUUGGAAUUAGUAAUCCUCCUCAUCCACAGCCUUAACCCAUUCACCAAACUUUGUUCAUCCCCCUCUCAUUCAUGGCCUGACCUGUUCACCAAACUGUACACAUCUUCUCUUUUCUCUCCUUACUCUAUUAUCUUUUUCUUUCUACGCCCCCCCCUUCUCUCUCUCUCUCUGUCUCUCUUUGUUCUUCAUCACUCUUUUACUUUCACUCUCACUACUUUUUCUGUCCCCACUCCCACUUUUUUCACUCCUUAUCAUGUCUGUCUUAGUUUCUUCUACAUCAUCACCGCCACACCCAAUUCAAUCGGCUCCCCACCGUUCUUCCUCACCCCUUCCCAUUAUCUCAACUGUCUGAACUUUCUUUAUCUACCAUUUCCUUUCUUACCCAGUCAGUUCCAAUUCCUUUUGUCUUCCCCAACAACUCCUUUCUCUGUUUCCACCCAACAGGCAUCUUUUAUUUUAUUCAUGGGCUGCCCUUCUUUCUUUCUUUCUUUCUUUCUUUCUUUCUUUCUUUCUUUCUUUCUUUUGUGUUGUUAUUCUUUUUUCUUGUCUUUUUCAACAUUCUCUGCUGGUUUACUAAAGUCUGUUCUUACUUCCUUUCCAUAUGAGCACCUCCUGUCCCAACUAUUCCCCAUUCACCUCUUUCUCCUGUCUUCUCAUCAACUUUCUUUCUACUUCUGUCUCUCUUUUUCUACCACCCACACACUACCUCUUUCCCUGUCCUGGCCUGACCUACAGAUUACCAGAAAACCAGGAGGCAGGAAGGCUGACAGAUCUGGGCCAAAUCCAAUGAUGGCAGAGUCUCUCUCUCUCUCUCUCUCUCUCUCUCUCUCUCUCUCUCUCUUUCUCCUUUCUUUUUCACCAUCAGUGGCAUAG